AUGGCUUCUAUGUGUUGCAUUGUACCAGAACAUGUAUUGGAAAGAGCUGUGGAGGCAAGACAGGUACCGCAACACAUUCUCAAUGCUUGCCAGUCUACCCUUGAGAAAACAAGAGAACUACAAAAUACCCGUGUCGCGCACGGCCGACAUCUCUUGUUUGGCCAGGAGCAACAGCCUUCCGAAGGUAUCGUUCCGCCUUACAUCCAUGAAAUAAUUGCUCGGCAAGCCGUAACGGAAGAGCAACGCGAUUCAUCUCUUAGUACAGUUGCGCAUGAUACUAAGUAUCGUGUAGUUGCAGGAAAGAUACGUCGUUUAAAUCGUACGAUUUACAAUGCGCACCACUCCAUGGACGAAGAUCCUGCUCGUGACAAGAUCAUGAUCAAAGAAGGCGGCCCUCCCAUCACCAAGGAGCAAGACCCAAGCUAUGAUGCUAAUGAAUGCUAUAAUGGAUUCCAGAAGACAUAUGACUUCUACUUUGAAUUCUUCAAGCGAGACUCAAUUGACGAUCGGGGGCUCAAGCUCGACGGCUUCGUGCAUUAUGGAGACCGCUAUCUGAACGCCUUCUGGAAUGGCAAAGAAAUGGUUUUCGGCGAUGGAGACGGCGUUAUCUUCAAUGGAUUCACCGAUGAGCUGGACGUUAUAGGCCACGAGCUUACCCACGGGGUCGUGCAGUAUACGAUGGGGAAACAAUCCAAUUGGCUCAUCGCUGAGGGAAUCUGGGGCAAAGGCAUCAACGGCAGAGGUCUACGUGAUAUGAAGGCACCUGGAACAGCUUACGACGACAGUAAAGUCGGAUCCGACCCGCAACCGGCACACUGGAAGAGUUUCAAGAAACUCCCACUUACGAGUGAUCGUGGUGGCGUCCACAUAAACUCUGGUAUACCGAAUCGUGCUUUCUAUCUCGCUUCUACAAUGAUUGGGGGCUAUUCAUGGGAGACUGCUGGGCCUGUUUGGUACAAGGCUCUAACGAGCGGUGAACUCAGCGAGAACGCAACAUUCAGGGAAUUUGCCGAACUUACUAUUCGAAAUGCUGGUGACUAUGAAGAGAAGAUCAGGGAAGCUUGGAAACAGGUUGGGUAUCCGUUUGUUGAGGGCAGGGAUGAGCUGUAA